ACUCACGAUAACGGUGGUAUUCGAUUAACGUUUCCUCAAAAGGCUCGUCUUAGAAGUUUAACGUAUGCAACUAACAAUAAAUGUUUUUUACAUGAUGAAAGUCUAUGUUUACCAUAUGAUACAAUAUUCAACUUACUCUCAAUUAACUAUAUUCCAGUAAUAUUGAAAUCAGCAUUUUGUGUAUUACAUGAUUUAAAGGAUAAAAGUCUUUAUUCAUCGAAUGAAUGUCCUUAUUAUCAGAAAUACCAUGGAGGAGAUUCUAUAAAAACUGCAGGAAAAGGAGUAAAUAAUGGACACGAGAAAAAAAGCAUUCUUUUUGGUUAUAUAGUUCAUAGACUUUCACUUGAUGCUCUUGAUCGUGAUCAUUAUGCAUCGGGCCCAGAAAAUGAAUGUCACUUACACUGGCAAGAUUUAAAAUCGAUAGGAUAUAUUGAUGCAGAAAAAGAAGAGACACUAAUUAUUUACAUGACGUCUAACGAUUUAGCAGAAUCAAGGGAAGAUAAUAUGGUUAAUGAAGGGCCUGGAACUGCAAAUGCUAUGACAAAUGAUGUCUCUGGUAAUGUCAAGAGUAAAUUGCAUCAACAUAUACUCAUCCCAAUGUGA